UAUAAAGAUCUAAAAAACCCUAAUCUCUCAUUCGUCCUCAAUCCGAUUGCGUCUCCCAAACCCUAACCAUUCAAAUCCACCGUUUCAUCUCUACAUCUUCCGCUGUUUUAUCUAUUUUCACUUGAAAGAGCCUUAGACGUAUUCGAUCUACAAUUCAGAAAGAAACCCGCGAUCGCCACUACCACAUUCUUGGAUCUGAUCACCGUAAGUUUCUAUUUUUCAUUGAUUGAUUUGUGUUAGCCCAACCUAUUAUCUUAAUAUCAGUUGAAAGGAGGCUGCCGAUAAGAUUCGUCAAUCAAUCCCUCGCAUUCUUACCCUUUCUUGCAAUAGAUCUGGUACAAUUGUUUUUAUAUGAAAUAAGGCUAGGGUUUAACUAAAUCGAUUUUUAUCCAUUUGUUUCCACUUUUCUUCAAUCAUUUGGUUAUUAUGGUUUACAUGUGGAACAAUUAUGAUAACGCCAUUUUUUUUUUUUUGCAUUUAAGGUUUUAUAUUUUCUCGAUUCUUCGCCUCAGAGAUAGGUACAAUCAGUUGUAUCUCUUGACGGUCUGGAAUUUUCGAUAGGGUGGGUUGGUUUGCGAAAUUAGUAUGUUUUUGUUUCUUUUGGUUUUUGGAUUUUUUAUGGUUUUAUUUGGUUUAUCGAAUUGGUUUGGGGUUAAAAUUCCGAUUCUGCACCGUUGUUUGCCAAAUUGUUAUAUUUAGGGGCCGGGCUGGUUUGCUAAAUUGGUAUGUUAACUUUUACUUAUUUGAUGCAUGGAUGGUUGUUGAUUUUAGGUGUUGCCAAUGUUAUGUGGUCGGUGGCUACACAUAUUGUUUGUAAAGGGCCUUCCACAUUUCCUUUUGGUCAUGAAGCUAUGCUUUUUGGUAUACAACCUAUGAAGAAGUGGUGGACAGUUUGUUCUUUGUGUCAGUUGAAAAGUAUCCAGACAACAAGAUGCUGAGAUGGAGCGAGUUUGUUGAUGGAAAAUGGGGGCCAUAUUUGUGGAAGAGUUACAAGACUGUGUAUGAGGAGGUUUUGAAUGCUGUUGCAGCCUUGAGGGCUUCAGGAAUUGGACCUGGCUGUAAAGUGGGAAUCUAUGGAGCAAGCUGCCCUCAAUUGAUUGUGGCAAUGGAGGCAAUGCCCAGAGUUACAUUUCUGUGCCUCUAUAUGAUACCCUUGGACCAGGAGCGGUCAGCUUUAUAUUGGACCAUGCCGAAAUUGAUGUUGUUUUUGUCCAAGAUAAAAAAGUUAAACUACUGAAUUCAGAUUGUAUACAUACACAUCGGUUAAAGUGUGAGUGAACUAAACAUUUAUACUAAAGUUCAAAUCUAUUAUCUAUUAUCUAUUAUAUAUAAUAAAUGAAAGUUUUUUUGGGCCACGUGUCAAUUGAUUAGGGCAUCUUGGUUUCGCUUUUGGCGGGAAAAUGCUCGGGUCCGCUUUUUUAUUGAUGGUUAUCCAUAUUACUAUAAUCUGACCCUAAAUGAGUACACCGAACUUUUCAAACAUAGAAACCCUGAUCAUCGGUUUUUGUUCAAAGUUUAAGAUCCUCAUAAACCUUUUCAUUUGAUUUACUAAGGUAUGUUAAAUCAGGUGUUUAUAAUGGUAUAUUUAUUUAUGCAACAUUUAUUUUUUAGGCUGUUCAUGUAUAUAUCGGUUGAUUUACUCCGUAGGUAACUAGGGAUCCAUUUUAUGAUAUACAUUGUCUCAAUCUAACAAUGAACUUAUGUCAUGAUUUCAUAUAGAGUAUUAUGUUGGUCAUUAAAUUUAGUUGUGUUUAAAGAUUCACUGAAGUGGAUUAUUUAUAGACAUGAGUGUUAACUGGUGAUUAUUAUGUUUUACAACUAAAUGUCUUGCAAUAUCCUCUAAGACUACGUUGUUGGCUUACAAACUAGAGGAGAGGUCUUUGGAGGUAUAUAUUCUUUUUCAACACUUAUUCUUACCAUACUAUAAAGACUCAUGCUGUAGAAUGGUUUUUGUAUUUGAAAACUAUUUUUGCAGGUUAGAUUGAAACCGAUAAUGGUUGAGGGGGAGAUAAUGUCUAUUCCAGCUGAUUUGGAGAAUUUUGAUACUAAUACUGAUGAUGACAAAGCAAUGCGAAAGAAAGCAGGUCUAUCUUUAUUUAAAAUACCCUUUUUCAUCGUUUGUACUUUUGUUUGCAAUAUGCAAGUUAUUAGCAGAUCCAUUCUUUUAUAUAGCUUUCAGCAUUUAUUAUUACUAUACUCAUAGUGCCGAAUGGUGUUCAGAGUCUUACUUUGUCUUGGUUCUUGUCACCUUUUUAAUCUGAAUAUAUCUUUCGAUAAUAUCUAAAAUUGUCUUAAUUCAUUUACUAAGGUUGAUUGUCGUCUUUAACUGCUAUCAUAAUGAUAUGUGUUAAUUGGUGACUGUAGCUUGGCAAAGUAAGACUAAAUAAUGUAAAUGACAAAUUACCGGCGCUUUAUAGUCUUCGCCAUGUUUAGAGUUUAAAAGCCAAAUACUUCAUGUUUGCUUUUGAAAAUACUCUGUCAUGGAGAAUUUCUUGGCUAACAUUCUGGUGUCAACUACAUUGGUUGAUUAUUUUGACCCAUUUUGACUUAUUUAUCUUAUGUUGUAUUUGUUUGGAAAGUGCAUAGAAAUGAUACUACUUGAUGAACAGGUUCAUUUUAAUUUUUAUAGAAACCGACAUUACACAAACUUUAUAUUCUUUGAUAUAAAUGGAAAGGUAUAUGUUAAGUGUCAUAACGUACAUUGUUUUGGGCCCAUUUAGUAUGUUACUUUUAUAUAUACACUCUGCAAUAACUUAUUUAUCAUCAUGCUUUAAGCAAAUUGCAUCAUGUUUUAAGUGAAUAACAUAUUGCUUUCAGUUGUUUUUGUUCUAAUUAUGCGACUUAUAUGGUCUUUUAGAGCUACAAUGUACUGUGCAUUUGACUAAUUUUUAUAAUUUGUGAAAUGUGAGUAAUUUUUAUAAUUUGUGAAAUGUUAAUAAUAGCCAUUGUUUUGGUAGACGCUUACUUUAAUACCAACUGACCACCACUAAUUUUUACAACUUCAUUUCAUGUGCUGAGUGCUCCUUACCUUCAGAGCAAAACCAACAACUCCGUCUCAUGAAUUUGAGUCAUACGAUUUGAAAAGCAAAGGGCUGCGUUUGAUGCCAGACUCUUGUACAAUGGAGAGAUUCUUAUACAAUUGGAGAGUUAUAGGCAACAAUGGAGCAGAUAUAUGGGCUCCAAUUAAGACCACUUCCCCAAAAUCAUAAAGAAAUGGUGGUAGAGUCUAUAUAUGUGAUACAUUUUAAUGCAAUGUAUAUAUAGUUUAUAUUAAAUAUAUUAGGUUAGUAUUGUACUAA